GAGUCACUCAGUGUUAUAUGUACUCUCGCCAAAGUCGGACAUUCGAGGGAUGAAUUCCCGAGACCGCGAAUUCUGGACGGAGUUCCUGUUGCUCUACAGAUCGCUUCCGGCCGUCUGGCAGAUCCAUAGCACCGAGUACAGCAGUCGGGCUCUGAAGAGCGCCGGAUAUGAUCGCCUGAUCCGGAAGUUGAGGGAGGUGGAGCCAAUGGCUAAUCGGUCCUUGGUUGUCAGGAAGAUCAACUCCUUUCGAACCAACUUCAGGAGGGACAUUCGGCGAAGGGAUAGCUGCUCCGCGGCGGGGGAGUCCUUCCAGUCCACCCUGUGGUACUUCGACCUUUUGGGCUUCCUCGAGGGGCAGGACGAAAAGUCCUCGACCCCUAAAGCGGAUCGCAGAACGAAUAGACUUGUGACUUCACCGCCAGAGCCAAGUGCCUAUACCCCAACAAAUGCCUCAGAAGUAUCGCCGCCUAAAAAGAUAUGCCGGACAAUCAAAGAGGAGUCUCAGGCAUCCUCCGACUUAAGCCCUUUACCUGAAAAAUCGUUCCCCAUGGAAAACGUCAACACUUUCUCCAGUUUUCCAGAAACCCCAGAGCAAGGUUCAACCCCAACCUGUUUCAAAACGCACAUAAAUGAAUCGGAUGCUCUUGCUCAAACUUGGAGUAAUCAAUUCGAUGAGCUAUCCCAUGAUCAAAGAAUUAUUGCCCGCAAAUUGAUCUCCGAUAUCCUCUACUAUGGAUGUACGGAGCAAUUAAAACCGGGUCAUGUAGACCAAUUGCACCAACUACUAAAACAAUAAAAGUUAAAUUUGAGUUUUAAAAUAAAAAAAACGUAUAGCAACACAUUUUAAUUAAAGUUGUUAUUUGUUUUCUUUGCCAAAUAUUCUUUGUACUGAAAGUUUGAAAUUGAAUAUGCUGAUGUCGAAAGAAAAAAACCACAAUAUAAUCUCAACCCCUCAUAGUCAAACCAAACUCAACAUUUGAAUAUCUUUAGAAAAUCAAAAACAUCAUAAUUUAAGUUUUGAAUAAUAUAUCAAAUAUUUAUUGACUUGGUAGUAAUAAAAUGUAUUUAUUUA